CUCCCUGACCUGACCUACCUAGGCACCGUCGCUGACGAGGCGCGGCCAGGCUAUCUAGUAAGGUACGUUGGUGGGGUAGAGCUGUCGGAGUUGCUUGGCACUGUGACUGCACUGUCCGUUAAGGAAGGUUCUGGGUGAUUUUGAUGACCAGCCAAACUCGCUUGUUUCAUUACAAACCCAGAUGAGCUUCAAUGAGUUGAUAUGGCCACUUAAUUGCAACUUCGAGUUCCAUGUCUGCUAGACAAGUCCAAACCCCGCUUAAUUAGCUAUACAUAGAAAUGGAGACAGUCAAGCUGAGCUGGGCGGAACGAUAACGAUAGCAACGCUCGGACCCACUCAACCAACCCGCCACGGCAGCCAGCUCCUCCCAGUGACACGCCAGCCAGCGUUGCCUUGUAGCUUGGUUUAGUCGGAGCUUCAAGCAGCCAAGGGUACGACACAUCAACGACGACGACGACCGACUAACUCGACGAGCCCAACGAAAGCUACACCGACGACGCUCAAUCUAAAGCUCAUAUACAGAUUGAUAGCUAUUACACAUCCUACUGGUCCUUGAUUCGCGCCUUGUCAGGGAACAGGUAGAACCAGCGGCGGGAGGUUCCUCAAGUGUAGACACCUCCAUAGUGCUCUCGAACAUCGUGCAUCAAGGCUACGAUAUCACAUAAACCAGCACAAUGUCGUCGCCAUUCUCAAUAAACGGCGGCGCCUGCGUCGCGAUGGUGGGCAAGGACUGCGUCGCCAUAGCGUGCGACCUGCGGCUGGGCAUGCAGGCCUUGACCGUAUCCAACAACUUCCCCAAGAUCUUCAGCUACUCGUCGAGCGUCUUCCUCGGCCUGACGGGCCUGGCCACCGACGUCGCGACCGUGUCGGACCUUUUCCGGUACAAGGUCAACAUGUACCGCCUGCGCGAGGAGCGCAACAUCGCCCCGCGCACCUUUGCCAACCUCGUCUCGAGCAGCCUCUACGAGCGCCGCUUCGGCCCUUACUUUGUCAGCCCCGUCGUCGCCGGCCUCGAGCCCAAGACGGGUGCCCCCUUCAUCUGUGGAUUCGACAGCAUCGGCUGUAUCGACUUUGCCAAGGACUUCAUCGUCAGCGGCACCGCCAGCGAGCAGUUGUUCGGCAUGUGCGAGAGCCUGUGGGAGCCGGAUUUGGGCCCCGAGGACCUCUUUGAGACCAUUUCACAGGCCCUCCUUAGCGCCGUCGACCGAGACGCUUUGUCAGGCUGGGGUGCUCACGUUUACAUCAUUGAGAAGGACAAGGUCACCAAGAGGUUACUCAAGGGUCGCCAGGACUAAGGGUUUUGUUUGUGCUGGGAUAUUUGAGCAUGCGAAGCUAUGAUGACAUGUGUCCAUCCCCAAGUUAUAGACUUAGGAAAAUGGGUUUUCCGUCGACCAGAGUUGGUUGCGGGACAUGCAUAGCAUGCGUCGAGAAAGACGAGCUCAGCUAUAGACUGGUGACAUGACAGCAAAUCAGACUGGGAUCCAGGCUCCAUCCA